AUGAAAACAGCCGCGCUACCUCUGCUCCUCAUCGUGAUCGUCGCAUUCCAGUUGGCUCAAUCCUUCCGGCCUCCAUGCCAAUGCACAGCCUUCGAUCGCCACUGCUGGCCCGACUCUCAAUCCUGGGCCACCUUCAACGCCUCCAUCGAUGGAAAGCUCAUCCGCGUGGUUCCUCCGGCCUCUCCUUGCCACGAUCCAGCUUUCAAUCGGCGAGCCUGCCGAGAGGCACGCCAGCGAUGGAGCUUCCCGUUCUGGAGGGCGGACCAGCCGGGAGCCAUGCAAGCCAGCAACUGGGAAUCAAACGGUAUCACCGAUCGCUGCUCGAUAGACUCCCCUCGAAACUCAACGUGCUCGCAAGGCUCGGUGCCAAUCUACACAGUAGCAGCGAGAAAAGCCUCCCACAUCCAAGCAGCGGUGGGAUUCGCGGCCGCCAGGAACCUCCGCCUCGUCGUCAAGAACACCGGUCACGACUACCUCGGCCGGAGCACCGCCGCGGGAGCGCUGAGCAUCUGGACACACCAAAUGAAAAGCAUGAGAUUCCACCACCGCUUCCUCCCGAGAGGAUGCUCUCGCCGAUCGAAAGACGCAACGUACCUCCCGGCAGUGACGGUCGGCGCUGGAGUCCAGUGGGAAGAGCUCUACCAGGCGGUGUUUGAUCGCAAGUUCGUGAUCGUCGGCGGUGGAUCGAGCUCGGUGGGAGCUGCCGGAGGCCAUCCCCAGGGCGGAGGCCACAGCCCACUCUCGCCAACUUUCGGCCUGGCCGCGGACAACGUCCUGGAGUUCUCGGUGGUGACCGCGGAUGGGAGCCUCGUCGUUGCCAAUCGCUGCCAGAACCAGGAUCUCUACUGGGCGAUGCGCGGCGGCGGCGGUGGAACGUUUGGCAUCGCGGUCACCGCCACGCACAGGCUCUACCCGGCGCUGGACAGCCUCGUCUUCGCGCAGUACAACCUCUCAACCCCGGACAAGCCCAGCUUCCAGCGAACACUCGCUCGAUUCACCGAGCUCCACCCCUCGCUCGAGCGCGCCGGCUGGGCGGGGACCUUCGCGAUCACCAACACCACCGGGCUCACGCUCUCGUAUCUCCUCCCAAACCGCGGCAUGGAGCUCGCCAACGCCACGCUCGCGGCACCGCUGGAAGAGCUCGCGCGCGAGGACCCCCAGCUCCGAUCCAGCGGGAGCCUCCAAUCCUUCCCCUCGUUCCAGGAGUUUCGAUUGGCGAUCCAAUGCCAGGGGCGAUCGAGCUGCCGCGAUGUGGACACCGCCAACACCGGCAUCGCCACCGCGGGGAUUCCACUGCUCCUGGCGUCGCGGCUCAUUCCAAGGACAACGGUCGCAUAUUCGCCGGGGAAUCUAGCCGAGGUGAUGGUGCGCAUCCGGGAGCUCUUCCCGCGCGUGUCCCUCACUGGCGUGUUCGUCGGGGGCGGCGCCGUGAGCCGCGACGAUCGAGACAAUGCUGUGAAUCCCGCGUGGCGCCGCGCGCUGUGGCAUGUGAUCCUCGGCAGAAGCUGGAGCGACGGAGACGAUCGAGCCGAGCAGCGCGCCAGGGCGGAGCUGAGCGCCGCGAAUGCGAUGCUCAUCGAUCUCACGCCCGGAUCGGGGGCGUAUGGGAACGAGGCGGAUUUCAGUGAGCCCCAGUGGCAAGAAUCUCUGUUUGGAGAACAUUACACGAGGCUGCUGGCGAUCAAGAAGAGAGUCGAUCCGGCGGGGAUUUUCCGAUGCCACCACUGCGUCGGGAGCGAGGAGUGGAGCGAGGAUCUUCUAUGCGCCACGCGAUAG